AAAACAUAGUAGAAAUUCAGUUUUACUUCCACUGGAAUAGAACCUUCACUUACAUAGCAUUAAAUAUACUAGGAUAACCAUGUGCUUUACGCUCAUUCGUAAGCUCCGGGCCACAAGUGCCAGAGAACCCUGUCUGCUUGUCUUGGGCCUCGACAAUGCUGGCAAAUCCGCGCUGACAGCCUGCCUAGCAGACCAAUUAUGUCACGGUUACGUGGCUGCCUCUAUGGGGGCCACUGAGCUGCGCCUUAAACUCAAAAAUACCAAAAUACAAAUGUUCGAUCUGAGCGGCGGACUGCGGGAGCGAAAUCUAUGGGCCAACUACUACCACAAUGUUGGCGCCUUGAUCUUUGUUAUCGACAGCAAGGAUGCGGCUCGGCUGAGCGAGGCACGCUGCGUGCUCUGCGAUGUUCUGCUGGACGAGCGACUGCAGCAGGUGCCACUGCUAAUUGUGGCCAACAAACAGGACGCUUUGGGCGCUUUGUCCAGCCUUUCGGUGGUGGACCUGAUGGGUCUCAGCCGCUUGGAGGGACGCGAGUGGAAUAUACUGGAGUGUUCGGUGACAACAGGCAACGGCAUUCAGGACAUCAUCGGCUGGAUUGCCAAGAAGAUACGAAAGUGAGCGAGCGAUCGAGAGUUUAAUUCGAACUUAAUUCGUUCACUCGGCUGUAAUUGUGUUCUAAAUUUUAAAUGUAGAUUAACAAAGUGCCCUGCCAUAUAAUUUUAAUAGUUGCCA